UAGGUAGAGAUAGAGUAGUAAUAUACGUAGCUUUAAUGGUAUGACUUUUUCUUCCAUAAAAGCUUUAACCACUUCUCUCUAGUUUCUUCAACAGAGACUGCCCUCUGCUCUUUUUCUUCUCCCAAUUAAUAGAGCGAGCAAAAGUCACAGUUUCUUAGAAAGAAAUUAACCAUGGCUGGUCUUGGUCUACAAAGAUCUGCAGUGUCCUUCAGAAGACAAGGCUCAUCUGGUUUUGUUUGGGACGACAAGUUCUUGUCUGAAGAAAUCAACAAAGCUGAAGCUGCUGCUGCUGCUGCUGCCGCUGCCGGUGGCGGCGGUGCCAAUAACAACCAGCAAGAUAAUAAAGACCUUCAUCAGGAUGCUUCUUCUGCUGCUGCACCGCCACUACCACAAAUCAACACCGUCCAGAGAAGCCGUUCUAACGGCGGAGGAGCUCGCGGAUACCGCACCGGAAAAGUAUCGCCGGCAAUCGAGCCACCGUCUCCUAAGCUCUCCGCGUGUGGCUUCUGUGCUGCUUUUGGAAAAGCAGACAAGUCUCAUCGGAGAAGCCAAGUACCCGCCAAAACCAAGCAUCAUCGAUCGAGAGAUUCAUAACCACUCAUCAAAAACGAAAAAAGUGAACCAACUUGGUUGGUCGAAUGGUCAACUCACUCGUCCGUUUAAGUAAGUGUUGGGGGUUCGAAUUCCGCCUUGUGCAUGCAGCAACCCGGUGAAAAUGGAGAUAUUGAUGUUGCAAGAUUAGAGAAUAUGGAUAGAAUUCAUUAAACUAUGAAGGCACUUACUAGUUUUUGUUCUUUCUGGGUUCGGUUUGUCGUUUAUGUAGAGAGAUUCAUUUCAUAACUACAUAUCUUGAUCAACUUUUGGUCUUACUUCGCGCAAUUGG